GGUAUUUUGACAAUCUGAGUAUUUAAGGGAUCGGUUGUAGUUCCUUUUCUCUUAUCUCACGCAAAGCAGCCAACGACAAUAACUUCAGCUUGACAAUCUUUCUGCUAGCAAAAUGUUCACUGACAAUUCAAUAGCAAAGACAAGUCCAGUGCUUUCCGCACAAGUUAAGGCAGCACGUCGGAUGACUUUGAUGGGAAAAGGUACUCUUAGGAGUGAAACAGAAUCAAAUCCAUCACUGCCACUCGGUUUCUACGUUACCAAAACUGAUAUAGAUUAUGAUCAAUUCUGCCAAGACUUUACUGAGCGUGUACUACUCCAACCCGGCUUUGAACGUUUACGUUGCCGGGUAGAGAAUGAAGACAGUUUCAAGCCAGUAUCCAUCAAUGUUCAUGAUCAUAUCUUCAAUGUUGACUUCGACGAUCUAGAAGAGAUGGAUGACAACACACAAUUAACCGACAAGGAGCGGAAACUGGCAGCAUUCCUGGGUAAUUGGACAACAGAGAUGUUCGAUCGAUCCAAGCCACUUUGGCAGAUUUAUUUGCUGAAAAACUACAUCGACGGUAAAUCUGUGCUCGCAUUCAAAUGUCACCACUGCAUUGGCGAUGGCGCGUCCAUAUCUAUCCUUAUGACACAAUUGUGCGACCCCAAAACCGAUGUCAAAGAAUCCUUGACAAUGGAGCCCGAUACAGUUCACAAAACUCUCGGCGAUAAUGUCAUGGAUGAGUUCACGGUUUUCGUAAGAUUUAUCGGCGCAGCAUUGUUCUACAUCUGGGGGUAUUUAGUAUUUCAAGUCAAAUACGGCCUCGCUUUCAGUACUCCAGAGUUGCCCACCCAGCUCAAAAACCAGUUGACUGGAAAACGUCGUGUUGCUUGGACUAACACCAUACAAGUCAGCGAUAUUAAAACAAUCGGAAAGAGACUUGGCGGUACAGUGAAUGAUAUUCUAAUGGCUGCAACCGCAGGAGCUUUGCGUCGCAGUCUGCUUGAAAGUAAGGUUGGUGAAUGGAAUGAUGCCAAUUUGAAAUCCUUGCGAUUGGCUUGUCCAGUCAAUGUGCGUGGUGCUGGCGAUUACGAUAUCAAUGACAUAAUGCACAAUAUGUUUGGGUUUGUUGUUACCAAAUCGCCUAUCGACGAGCCCAAUCGCACUCGUAGAUUGGAGAUUGUUACGGAGAAUAUGCGAGCUAUCAAACGAACCCCAGAGCAGCGAUUGGCUUAUGAAUCUUCAAAAGUUCUGGCCCGAUUCCCUCCCUCAAUCCAGAAAGCUGUCCUCAAAUUCACCAACGGGGCAAUCUCAUAUAUAAGCAGCAACGUCCAAGGUCCAUCCACGGAGCUUUAUAUUAGUGGCGCCGAAGUUGAGUACGCCCUCGGGGUAGUACCUCCACCUCCUACUGUUGGCCUUGGAGUGGCGAUCUGGAGCUACAAUGGUACUUUGCGAGUGUCUUUUUCAGUUGAUGAAGGUGUAAAAUUCAAUCCCUGGGAUUUGGCAGCUAAGGUGGAGAGUGAGAUCGCAGAAUAUUAUCAAACCGCAACAGCACAGGACAAGAAGAUACAGUAAAUACAAAAUGGUAAAUACUGGUACAUAUUGUCAGAAUGUCAGAUCAUUUUUAAAAAAACAAAAUGCAUAAUAAAAUAGUGGUAAAUGUUUUGCACAUAUGUAUUCGG